UCUGUCAAAUUUUUAAAGUUAGGUUGUGUACGAAAAUGGCGUAAAGAUUUGUUUAGAAUAAAAUAAAUAGGGUGUGGCUGUUAUGGUAUAUUAAAAACUGUUAUAAAUCCACUAAUACAUUUUACAGUAAGUCUAUAUAAGCAAGGUACAUUGCAUAGAAAAAAAUUACAUACGUCAAACUGUUUAGAGGUUAUAAGUAAACCAAAGGAUGGUAUGUUUUGUUUAAACUUUCAACUUUAAUUAAAACAUAAUGAUACUUUUACAAGAUAAACAAAAUGAAUUUAUAAAGUGUGAUUAAAAAAUGUCACGUUUAGCUGAUUACUUUGUUGUUGUGGGAUAUGAUCAUGAAAAAGAACGAAGUGGUAUUAGUAGUGGAAUAAUUUUGCAAAGAUUUCCUGAAAGGGAUUGGCCUGACACGCCAUUUAUUGAAGGAAUCGAAUGGUUUUGCCAGCCACAAGGAUGGGCCUUAUCAACAGAAAGGCAAGAGCCCAGAUUCUUUGUAUCUGUACUUACAGAUAUAGACGCAAACCGUCAUUAUUGUGCUUGUCUAUGCUUCAAUGAAACCGUUUCAAUUACUCCUAGUAAGCCAGUGGAUGAGGAAGAAGAUACGGUUGAAGGGGAAGCCGCACUAGUUCGCCCGAUUCCAGCAAUUUCUCAUCAUAGUAUAAUGUAUGCUCCAAAAUGUUUAGUGCUGGUAUCAAGACUGGAUUAUAUAGAAACAUUUCGAAAUUGCCUAGGUAUAAUUUAUUCAGUAUAUAUAGAAAAUAUGCCAGUGCCACUGGAAACUUUAGUAGGAAAUAUACUUGGUUGCAUACAAGUGCCCCCACCUGGAGGACCACAAGUAAGAUUUAGCAUUGGCGCGGGCGACAGACAAGCUUUACAACCUCCAUUAUCGCCCUCACUUCCUGUAACACAUUGCUCAGUUAACCUACUAUUCCACCAACUUGGAAUUCGAAAUGUGCUGGUAUUAUUUUGCGCUAUCAUGACGGAGCAUAAAAUUCUCUUCCAUUCGAAAAGUUACAACAGACUGACGGAAGCAUGUCGAGCCCUGACUGCACUAAUGUAUCCAUUUAGAUACACACACGUGUUUAUUCCACUUUUGCCGGCUCCUCUCGUGGAAGUUUUGUCAACACCAACUCCUUUUAUUAUGGGAGUUCACUCUUCGUUAAAGUCUGAAGUAGCUGAACUGAUGGACGUAAUUGUAGCCGAUUUAGAUGGAGGCUCCAUAACCAUUCCUGAUGGUAUAUCUUUACCACUCCUAUCAGAGCCAUUAUUGAGUAACACUCAAGAGGCUCUUAGUCUCAUACUUCAGCCAGAACUAAGCUGCGCUGAUCACGCUUUUCCACCCCUCGCGAUCCGGGCUCCUCAACCCGUAAUGCUGGACAAAGAGAUAAGGGCAGUAUUCAUGAGAACAUUCGCACAACUACUACAAGGCUAUAGAAGCUGCUUGACACUGAUCCGCAUACAUCCCAAACCGGUUAUAACAUUUCAUAAAGCAGCAUUCUUAGGGGAACGUAAUCUCAAAGACUGUGAUUUUACAACAAGAGUAUUAGAUUGUAUGUUUUACACCAGCUUCGUAUCUGAAAGGGGGCCACCUUGGAGGCCGUGCGAUGUCUGGGAUGAGCUUUACAGUAACCUGAGUGAAUUAAUUAGAUCAGAAAUACAGGACCCUCGUCUGAUAUUGGAACAUAUACAACAGCUAGCCACACAAUUAUACACGAAUGAGACACCGAAUCCUCAGUCUUAUGCACAAAAAAUUCUUGUGCCACCUGAAGGGGCCUUCGCAAGGAUACAUCAACCUCCUUUACCACUCAUUAAUAGUGAAAAAGUACAAGCAAUUAUCGAUGAAGGGCUUUCGAAGAACAACCUUAAGUCUAGGCUGUCAUCGUUAAGACCUAUUCAACCUCGAAUAGUACCAAUGGGACCAAACAUAUCAAAUCUUAAUGAUAAUAAAAAUGUUGUCAGCAACUCUGCACGGAGACUAGAGGUUUUAAGAAAUUGCAUAAACUGUAUAUUCGAAAAUAAAAUAUCAGAUGCAAGGAAAACAUUUCCCGCCGUCUUAAGGGCUCUUCAGUCCAAACAAGCUCGUUUGGCACUGUGCAAUGAACUAUCCCACCAUGUCAGUGGCACCAAAGCCAUGCUAGAACACCAACAAUUCGAUCUUGUUGUUCGUCUAAUGAACUGCGCACUUCAAGACGAUUCGUCAAUGGAUGAGCACGGAGUAGCGGCGGCACUUUUGCCAUUAGCUACUAUCUUCUGUCGAAAGUUGUGCACUGGAAUCAUCCAGUUCGCAUAUACUUGCAUACAAGAGCACGCCGUUUGGCAAAACCAACAGUUCUGGGAAGCCGCAUUUUAUCAAGACGUACAAAAAGAUAUUAAAGCUUUGUACACGUCUCGAGCUGAAAAUCUAAAUCCCAGACUGAGCAAUGAACUUUUGAGUCCUACGUCACCUAGAGAGAGUAAAGACUUUACUUGGCACAGGAAAUCCAUUUUGUCGAGAGUUCAAGAAGCGACUGCUUUGGAAAUUGCCGCGGAGCAAAUGCGGAUUUGGAAUUCCAUAGAUCCCGAGAAACAGAAAGAAUUAAUUACUUGUGAAGAAAAUACGAUGUACAGUCAAGCUAUUCACUACGCGAAUAGAAUGGUUUACUUACUCAUUCCUUUAGAUAUGGGGCACAAAGCUAGCAAGCAAGAUCUCUUCGAUGAUGAGCGAGCAAGUAAUAGUAUUGCCAACAGUGUUGCUGAAAGUGACAGUGCUGACGCUGAGUCGGGAUUUGAAGAUCAAGAUCCCGGAGAGACAGGCAACACAGUGAUUAGAAUCGUCUCUAGGUUUAUUGACAAGGUAUGUAACGAAGGCGGCGUUACGAGGGACCACAUACGUAAUUUACAUCAAAUGAUACCUGGCGUAGUGCACAUGCAUAUAGAAACAUUGGAAGCUGUCCACAGAGAAUCUAAACGACUGCCACCUAUUCAAAAACCAAAGAUUCUCACCCCAAAUAUGCUGCCUGGAGAAGAGUGCAUCAUGGAAGGAUUACGAGUGUAUCUGCUACCAGAUGGACGAGAAGAAAGCAGUGCUGGUCUUCUAGGAGGAUUACCUCUUUUACCAGCUGAAGGUGCAAUUUUUCUCACGAAUUACAGAAUUAUAUUUAAAGGAAUACCUUGUGAUUCUUUUGCCUGUGAACAAGUUGUUGUGAGGUCGUUUCCUGUAACAUCCUUAACGAAAGAAAAAAAAGUCGCCGUGCAGUACUUGGCACAUUUAGAUCAGUGGCUCCAAGAAGGUCUUCAGUUAAGGUCUUGUACUUUCCAGCUGAUGAAACUAGCGUUCGAUGAAGAGGUUACCGCUGAAAAUAUAGAUACUUUAAGAAAAUUAAUACAUAAAAUCCGUCAUCCUCCAGACGUAUUCCAUCAUUUUGCUUUCACUGGGCAAGUUGUAGUAAGCCAAACUCCUCUUCACAAGAAUAAAGAGAAAAAUGCGACUUUACGAGGUUUUGCUAAAAAGACCUUACUGAAGACGGCGAGGAAAGCUGGGUUCAAGCAGAAGUCUUCGUCAAAACGUCAGAAAUAUGUGUUGCCAAACAUGAGUAUGAAUAAUAGCAAUAAAUACAUGACAUCUCCUGGACGAAUGAGUUUGCCUAUUACAGAUGAUUACAACCAUGAUGAUGACUUAUCGAUCGAUGACUUUGAAACUGGACCUCCUUCUAUAGCUCCAGCUCCUGCGGAUGCUAAAACUUUGGAGAGGCUGCAAGAAAGAAGUUAUGUUAGGGACUGGCAAAGAUUAGGAAUAUGCGGAUCUAACGCUUCCCCAUCUACUAAACCAUCAUCUGACCACUUUCGCUUAACAACCGUUAAUUCGAUAUAUAUGAUGUGUAGAAGUUAUCCCGCUUUACUACUAGUUCCUGCCUCCGUGACAGAUGAAAGUAUAAGGCGGUUCUGUCGAUGUUAUCGUCAAGGUCGUAUCCCGAGCACAACAUGGCGGCAUCCCCGCACUAAGGCGAUACUCCUAAGGGGAGCUGGUCAUCAUGGAAAAAGCGUAAUGGGAAUGUUGAAAAGUCACCCAACGCCGGCCGCUUCCACGGAAACUACAUCAUCAACUGAGCAAGAGAAAUAUUUAUCAUCAAUCGUUUCUGCUACGCCAGUUUUUUCACAUAGACCUGGAUCCGGUUGGGGAAUGUCCGACAGCUCAUUAAGUAUAGACUCCUUACUUUUGGCAGCCGAAGAUCCGUUAGCUUGCACUACCUUAACCCCUGAAGUGGUUCGACGGUCCAAUCCGUUCAACAAGGCUAUAGGAACUUUAGGUGUGUUUCCAAGGUCUUCAGGAGGCAAAGGUCCGAAGAACUUCGGGCGAUGGGGUUCCUUGAAGGACAGAAGGCAGUCUUCUCAAGCAUCUUUGGCGGGCGGUCAACAAAGCAGGACCAAUAUUCGUCAUUCCACUGAUAUGGACAACGUUGUCGAUGGAGUACAUACUUUGCAAAGGGCGGCUUUAUAUAUUCUCGGUGAAAAAGCCCAGAUGAAAAUUAAAAUAGAAUCUGCACCAAAAACGGACUUUAUCCCAGUCGAAUAUUACGAUGUACGACAUACGAAGGCAGCAUUUAAGAAGCUCAUGAGGGCUUGCAUUCCGAGUUCUCAGAACCCUGAACCAGAGCAUAGCUUCCACAGGUUAGUGGAACAUUCCGAGUGGUUGCAACAAAUCCAAAACAUAAUGCAACUGUCUGGUGCCGUCGUUGAUUUACUUGACCUUCAAGGCUCCUCUGUAGCCAUUUGUUUAGAGGAUGGAUGGGACAUCACCGCACAAGUUUCUUCAGUGGCGCAGCUCUGUCUGGAUCCUCACUACCGAACCUUAGAAGGUUUCCGCAUUCUUGUAGAAAAAGAAUGGAUCGGCUUUGGUCACCGAUUUAGCCAUCGCAGCAAUCUGAACGCGAAUUCUCAAGCGAGUGGUUUCGCACCGACGUUUCUGCAAUUUUUAGAUGUUGUACAUCAAAUUCAGAAGCAAUAUCCAAUGGCAUUCGAAUUUAAUGAUUACUAUUUACGGUUCCUAGCAUAUCACUCUGUCUCCUGUAGGUUUAGGACUUUUUUAUUCGACUGUGAGUUAGAAAGGGUUGAGAGUGGAGUGGCAGCGGUAGAAGAUAAACGGGGGUCAUUGACUUCUCACCAUAAAAGUGUGGAUACCAUAUCCGAUGACGAAAACAUCUACCCUGGUGGAAGGAUCAGUUCAACGUCUCAAGGACCAAACUUAGGGCAAAGCGUGUUCGACUACAUUGAAAAACAACAUGCCAGAAGUCCGUUAUUUUUCAAUUUCAUGUACACUCCAGAUUUCGAACAUCCAGUUUUAAGGCCGCAAUCUCACUUACCUAGCCUUGAGGUUUGGAAUUAUUAUCUCGACGAAGAUCUGCACUAUGGACCUAAUUAUGAUCUGGAGAUUAUCCAAAUGGACUCUCAACAAGAAGAGGAGGCUGAAGCUGCAGAUGGUAUAAAUAAAUUCAGGAAGAUUGUUUGUUUAGGGUACGACAACGUCAAUAAAUCAGUUCCAGAUGCUUUCAGUCAUCUCUUAGAAGAAAUCCAUAGAUUAGAAUCUGAAUUAGGGCAUUUACCACAAAAGUGGAAAGUUUUGUGGGAUAAAUUAGAACUUCCUAUAACAGAUUCCCUUACGCGUCACUCUUCGUUUAGUACAGCUUUGGUCAGGUCUCAUGGAAAACAGGUACACAAGAGGUCCACACUGGAAAUCUUGAUGAGGGGCAAAAUAGUGGGAGCUGCAGAAACAUCUUUAGUCUAUUCCCACCCACAUAGGUUUGAGCGUUACAAUUAUACUACACCGACAUACUGCGAUCUAUGUGGAAACUUGUUAUGGGGUCCCGUCAAGACUGGUAUGAGGUGUAUGGAUUGUGGUUAUAGCUGUCAUGAAAAAUGCAUGGAAAGUGUACCGAAGAACUGUACGAAAUAUAAGUCAGUCUCGGACAGCACAACCACACAAACCAUACAGGGUAAUGCUGGCGAUAAUGGAUCUGUAAGUUCAGGAAGUGCAAGGCAAACGUCUAGUCAACAGUACUAUGAUCAGUUUUCAUCAAAUGUAGCUGAGGACAGGACCCAUGAAGGGUAUCUGUAUAAAAGAGGUGCUCUGUUGAAAGGGUGGAAACAGCGAUGGUUCGUAUUGGAUUCUAUUAAACAUCAGUUGAGGUAUUACGAUGCAAUGGAGGAUUCACAUUGUAAAGGCUACAUUGAUUUAGCAGAAGUGAUGUCUGUAAAUCCUGCACCUCCAGCUCCUGGUCCUCCGAAAAAGACAGAUGAUAAAUCAUUCUUUGAUUUGCGCACUAGUCGUCGUACAUACAAUUUUUGUGCCACAGAUACUGCAUCAGCACAAGAAUGGAUUGAAAAGCUUCAAGCUUGUCUCUAAUACUCCUUAUCCAAAGUUAGUUUAUUUAAUUCCUAUUUUAAUGGUAGGCUGACAAUAAAUGUUUUAUUUUUUAGUCAUUAUUUAUAUUUUUCUAUGUAUACAUAUAUUUGUUUUACGUAUCUGCACAAAAUAUAUGUUUUUUUAUGUGUUAUCUUUAUAUAGUUAUAUUUGUAAAACAGUGUUUUUAUGUGAAGCUCAAAUAGAUAACUAAUAAAUCUAGUUAAUUAAAUGUUACAAUUAACGUAAAAAGUUGCCAUUUGACUUAAAUUUUAUAAUCGGUUGUUAUUACGGUCUCUAUGUAGCUCGUGUAAAUUGCUUAAGUUUUUAUUUGCGUUUUUACCAGAAUUUAUAUAUAGUUUUCAAAUGUUUUUAGAUGCAAGUGGGCUCUAAUUUAAUUUGUUGUUGUCUACUUUUAACGAAUUACAAAUUAUUCUUUCACUGUCGCUCUCUGAAUGCCGCAACUGUAACUACAAUUUAUAGCAAUUAACCCUCAAAUAAAUUAUUUUAUCCUUCGUAGAGAAUUAUACCAACUUAAAUACAAGGUGUUAAUUUAAUAUGUUGACAAAUUCUCAGGGGUGAGUCUGUAAGUGUUUUUAAGAAAAAAAGGUUAUAUGAAUGUAUAUCCGAAAAUCGAGAAUUUGCAAGAUACAGCAUGUUGAAAAACUAUGAAAAAAAUUUCACAUAUUUCACACGAUGAACCUUUGAUCUAAUAGUUUAUCUACAAGGCAUGUCACAAAGUAAGAGUACUCAAUUUCUUAAAAAUCGAAACGCCAGUAUAUUUAUGAAAAAUGUACAUAUUCAGAAACUAUUUUUUGACAUAGUUGCAUUCAACCUCAAUGUACUUUGCGAGCCGAGGGAUGUCCAAGCUGUCAGAAAAGAUACCUUCAUCAAAAAAUCUUCUGACGCUUCUCGGCCCAUUGUUUCAGGAAACUGUGGAUCCCGUCGUCAGUAGAAAACAUUUUUUCACCCAUAAACACCUUUAAAGAAGAGAAAAGAUGAAAGUGAGAAGGUGCCAAGUCAGGGCUGUCAGCAGGGUGGUUAAUGAUAUUUCAACCGAAUGAAUCCAAAGGUUGCUUUGUGGCGUUGGCUGUGUGGGGACGUUUGUCAUGCAAAAAGCACAUUCCCCUUCUUUUGUUUUGUAUCGCCCUUCGUACUGUUUUGACAGAUUCACAGUACCACACAGCAUUAAUUAUUGUUUGCCCCUGGGGCAAAAAGUCAACGAGGAGAAUCCGUCUACGUUCCCAAAAUAAAGUUGCCAAGAUUUUUUGAGCCGAAACAACUGUUUUAAAUUUUUUCCCUGAUGGUGAAAGACGAAUAUCGACAAUGCAUUGAUUGUCUUUUCGUCUCAGGGGUGUAGUGAGCCAUCCAUGUUUCAUCGCCAAUCAAGCAAUUGUUCACCUUCCAGUUCGAAACCCUCGAGAAAUUCACGUGAAGAUGUGAUUCUAUUGGCUUUGUGUUGACCUGUGAGCUGUUUUGGUACCCACCUCGCACACAAUUUUCGAUAACCAAGUGUUUCAGUAAUGAUUUCAUCCAGAAGAGAUUUGUGGAAACACUGCAUUCAUCUUGUCCAAAGUCAAUUCGAUGGUUGCCACAAAGCAUUUCUUCGAUUUUGUUCACCAUCCCAUCAGUCACGAUUGAGAGAUGCCUACUCUUUUUUCCAUUGUGAACAUUGGUUCUUCCACGUUUACUGUCUAUCUCACAGCUGGCAGGAUUCGGAACAGUGGCACUCAUUUCAACAUGCCACUACAACAACAGUUCUCAACUGUCUGAGACAAAUGAAUGUGUAUUCUGCUCUCAACAUCUUGGCCUUCAGUGCAGUGUAGCCAACAUUGUCAAAAACAAAAACCACAGAGCAUCCGAGUCUCAGUACUCUUACUUUGUGGAUAUGCCUUGUAAUUAACAGUAAAAUUCCACUGAAUGUGGAUAUAAAUACGUGUACCGGUAGCAGAAGUACUGGCAGCCAUUCUCAUUAAAUAUCAAGAAAAUUUAAGCCAUUGGAUAUUUUGAAAAUUCGAUCGCUGUUUAUAAUUCCUAGUGGUGUUUCCAAAAAAAUUAAUAUCUCAUUAAACUCAUAAAGCGCACAAUAUGGUCCUUUUUAUUCUUACUAUUAACUAAAUAUUUCACAAAUUUAAAAUAACUAAAACUAUUAUUUUUUCAAAGUUCAUAGAACUUUUUUGUUACAAGUAUAUAUUUUUAAAUAUAUCAAAAAUUAAUUGUUAACGUAGGAAGUUUGCGUUUUGUGUAACGUAGGAGAUAUAGCCGGAAAAAUUGUUAAAUCAAUUAUCUCCACUGGUACAUUUAUAUUCAAAUUCAAUGGAUUUUAUCUUUAAUUAAAUAAAUUUAAUGAUUGUCAUCAAUCUGCAUCAAACACAUUCAGAGCUAUUUUUUGCAAACUUCAACAUCAUGUAUUUCAAAAAUUAUCGAUUUGCAAAUCCGCAUACAUACAAUCUUUUUAGCUUAAAGUCAUGACUCCUAUAAUUUUGUCAACAUAAUUAACACCCUGCAUAAAUAUGUUUCUUAAAUCAUAACGAUAUUCAAAUAAUUUUCACACAGAAACUGGCCAACAAUAUACAAAUUUCCGGGAUCAAAAAUAUAGUUCCAUUUAAAAUAUUCAGGUUGGCCCCUAAAUGACCUUGAAGGUCAUGUUCAAGGUCAUAUUCGAAUGUAAAA